UCCAAGCAUAAAUGUAAUCAAAAGAAAGCAAUAUAAUAAACAUAAACAGUGUUGGACUUUGAGCACAUUCGCCAGCUUAUUAUUCAAUCUGAACUGCAACCUUCACGCGACUCUGUGUUCUGUGUGAUAAAGUUCAUUUUUAAUAUAGUGCGACGAGUAGUCCAGCGUCAGAUAUACCAAAAAUAGUAUAACUGAAGAAAAAUCAACAUUCAUGCCUAUUCAACAUUUUCCUUUGGAAACAACUAAUUGUACUCCAUCACCAUCAAUUCGAAUAACCAAUGGAACUGAAUGUAAAGUAUUGAUUGCUAUUACUGUUCCAACACGUAAUUGGAAAUACAUAUUCAAAGUUCGUACAGAUAUAUUAAUUGGUGAAUUAAGAAAACAAGCAAUUGAAACAUACAAUUUAAAAGAAUUAGAUUUUAUUAAUUAUGGUUUAUAUUUACCACCAGAAAGUGGUAAAAAAGGCAAAUUUUUACAAGAUGAAAGAACUAUAUCAGAAUAUCCACAAUUAGUUGCUAUGAAAUUAAAUCCUUAUAAUGAUAAUCAAUUAUUACAUGAAAUAGAAUCAAAUGGAUUAAUGAAUGAUAGAAAAUCUAAAGAACCUGUUGUAUUAGAGCUUCUACCAAAAAUUCGUUUUGUUGAAGAAUAUCGUCUAGAAGGAUCCAAAUCAACAACUAAACGAAUUCAUUCAAAGCAUCAUCAAAAACGCUUAUUAUCUGCUAUAAAACGUAAUGAUAUUGGACGUGUUACAGAUUUAUUAGAACAAGGUUUAGAUCCAAAUUUUCAAUAUCCAUCUAGUGGAGUAAUCCCAUUAGGUUGUGCAGCAGAAUUAACUGAUCCACGUGAAAUGAUAUUACAACUUGUUAAUGCUGGAGCACAUUUAGAUUAUCGUGAUUCCGAUACAAUGACUGCAUUACAUAGAGCUGCAAUCAAUGGAAAUUUAAAAGCUAUUGAGGUAUUUUUAGAAUUGGGACAAAAUCCUAAUGUACGUGAUAAAAAUGAUUUAACACCAUUAUAUUAUGCUUGUUCAGAAGAUAUUCAACCAGAAUGUAUACAGCGUUUAUUAUUUGAUCAUGCUAUACUUGGUGUAACCGAUGAUAAAGGUAGACAAGAAAUUCAUCAAGCUUGUUUAAAUGGUCGUAGUAAAACAUUAAAACAAUUAAUCAUUUAUGGAGCUGAUUUAAAUGCACAAGUUGAAAAUCAUAAUACACCAUUACAUUUAUGUGUAUUAGCUGAUGAAAUGGAUUGUUUAAAUUUAUUAUUACGUUAUGGUGCAUCACCAACAUUAGUUAAUUUAUCUGGACAAACUCCAUAUGAAUUAGCUAUACUUAUUGAACGGAUGAAUUUAGCAAAUAUUUUGCAGAAUUUUGAUGAACAUUUAGUUGAGGGAAUUGAUCAAAAACCUGUAUACAAUAAAGAUAGACGACCGACAAUUCAUGGACCAAGAGCAGUGUAUGACAGUGUUCACUUACUUCAAUAUAAUCAUAAUAGUAACCAUAGUAACAGUAAUAAUAAUAACAAUAAUAAUAAUAAUGGUAACACAAUAAGUACACGUAAACUAAGUAAACCAAUGUCAAUAGACAGAGAAUUACCUCCAACUCCUUAUCAAAGAUGUUUAUCAUUUGACAUGAAUGAUUUAAGACAACUUACACCAAAACGAAUUAAUCAAUAUGUAUUUCAUAAUAAUAAAAUUGAAUCGGGAACACCAGAUAUAGUUAGACGUAAUAAUCUUGAUAAAAAGGAAGCUACUAUUAAUAAUAACAGACCAUUAUUACCUAUUCGACGACAAAUGACAUAUAGUAAUGAUAAUGAUCAUUGUGGAGGAACGAUUUAUAAUGAUAAUAAUUCACAAGAUAUUCUCAAAUUUCCUCGACGAUUAAAUUUCCUAAGACAACGUUAUCCAAACUAUCGUAUACGUUCAAUCAUUUUGGAACGUGGAAUAACUGGUUACGGUUUUAUUAUGCAAGGAUCAGAUAAUUUUAAAGAAAGAUCAUUUAUUGCUAACAAUUUACCCAGUCAAAGGAUUUUGAGCGUUCAACCAAAUAGUAAAGCGGAAAAUGCUGGACUUGUACCAGGCGAUUAUAUACUUGAGAUUAAUGGUAUGGAUGUUUAUGAUGCAACGCAUACACAAGUAGUUGAUUUGAUUACAACAACAAGAGAUAUGUUACAAUUAAAAAUUAUCAACUUUCAACAGUUGCCAGAAAUUCAGUCGAGAGUUAUUAACGGUAAUCAUGGUAAUAGUAAUAAUAAUACUACUACUAAUAAUAAUAAUAGUAUUAUUACUAACACAAAUCUCAACUACAGUAAUAACAAUACUAGAAUAAUGCAUCGAACUAGUUUUUUACGUGCUGAUCUUAGACGACGUAAUACACAACGUUCUACAAGUGUUGAUAUGGCAUGGAAUACUCGACAGCUUAGUAUUGAUAAUAAUACAAUGGAUAAUAAUCAUAACAUUACUACUACUACUACUACUACUACUACUACUACUACUACUACUAAUAAUAAUAAUAAUAAUAAUAAUAAUAAUAACUAUCGUCGAUCCAUUCAAUCACUGAAUACUAGUAAAGCUAAUUAUUUAGAAAGAAAAUCUCGAUCAGUUGUUUUAAUCAUUAAAGAUGAAACUGAACAGUUGAAAGAUUCAUCAAGAACAACAACAACAACAACAACAAUAGCAGCACGACCACUGUCAACAACAUUAUCAUCAUCAUCAUCAUUAUUAUUAUCGCCAUCAAUUUCAUCAUCACCAUCAUCAUUAUCACCACAUAUCAAUAAUACAUAUACUGAUAUUACUAAUUUCAAUGAUAGUAGUAAUUAUAAUAAUCAACUUGAAUGUCACAUAUCAAAAUCAUCAAAUUUAUUGUUAUCAAAUGAAUUGAAAAACUCUGAACUUGAUCGAUCAGCAACAACACCAACAAUAACAACUUUACAUAAUGAAUUAACUAAUAGACAAGAUAAGUAUAAAUUCACUAUGAAAUCAUUAUCAUCUUUAACAACAACAACAACAACAACAACAACAUCACCGUCGUCAUUAUCAUCGUCAUCAUCAUCAUUCUCUGCUCAACAUCUUUUAUAUUUAUCAUCAUCGUCUUUAUCAUCAAAAUAUAAACAAGAUAAUAAGAUGAUGAAUACAUUAAAACAAUAUCAUAAUGAUACAUCUGAUCAUAAAUGGGAUUCUGAAUCAGAUUUAUUAAAUAUAUCAGAAAUCACUGAGAUUUCUGUUAUAUCUAUGAAUGGUGAAACAUUGAAUAAUAAUAUUGAUAAACCGGUAGAAUAUAAGAAACAAUCAAAUUUUAUAAAACCAACAACAAUUAACAUAUUAACACCAUCAUUAAUGUUGUCGACAUCGACAUCGACGACAUCAUCAUCAUCACCAGUAAAAAAUAAAUUGAUAAAUAAAGUAAACUUUCAUAUGAAUGGUAAAUUGAGAUCAAUAAAAUCGGAACCAUAUCUUCAUCAAAUGAAAGCUGAAGUGAACAAUGGUAACAAUAAGAAUAAUUAUAAUAAUCAUUCUUGUAAUGAUAUCAAAGCCUCUACAGAACAGAAAGCUCCAAUCAAUAAUAACUUGAAAAUAAAUGGUCAUGAAAUUGAUGAUGAUGAAUCAGAUUCAUGUUUAAUUUAAUCAACAAAAGAAAUCAUAAAUAAUGAUUACAUAAUUAUAAAAAGUAUUUCAGUGAAAU